GGAUCCCCUGUGAUGUUAUUUGCUUUCUAAGGCUCCUGUCAUCACGUUAAGAUGUUUGUUAAGUGAAGUUGACAAUGUAUUUUCCCAGUUUUAAGCUCAUUAGCUUCAUGUUCAUAUAAUCUAACUAGCCGGCUCCCCCCUUUCAAAUGUCAUGAAACAAGCAAAUUAAAUGUUCCUGAAUGAAUGUGCUAUAUAAAUAAAAUUUGCCUGCGCAUUUUUAUUUAAUCCAGGGGGACACUACUGGCUGCACCUUGUAAAUCCCUCAAGAGCAUUCAGUUCAGGCACAUUAUCAUCUCUGUAUUUGGGCAAGAAGACUGAAGACAACAAGCCUGAUCAGCCAGUUUGUUCCAGUUUUGAACGACAUGGGGUGUGGUCUGUUCUAGUUACAGCAAAAGUGAAAGUGAAAGUGAAAGUAUCAGACUGAGAGGACGGAGUCUGUAAAAUGGAGGCUACAGCUUUGGUUCCCAAGGACGAGCUGUGUUGCUCUGUAUGUUGUGAUAUUUUUAAAGAGCCUGUUCUCCUGAAAUGCAGCCACAGCUUCUGUGGAGUGUGUGUGAAGCAGUUCUGGGAAGAGAAGAGCUCUCGGGAGUGUCCCAUCUGCAGGAGAAAGGCCUCUAUGGGGGAACCUCCGGCAAACCUGGCCUUAAGAAGCAUCGUGGGGUUCUUCUUAAAGCAGAAGACUGAGAGAGAAACUACCGACAAUAGUGAUGUUCGCUGCAGUCUUCAUGGGGAGAAACUUCUAUUCUUCUGUGAACAUGACAAAGAGCCUCUCUGUGUCGUCUGUCAGACUUCAAAUAAACACAGAAACCACCCGGUCUGUCCAGUGGAAGAGGCCGUACUGGAGCUGAAGGAGGAACUCAAGCCUGCACUUAAUCUUAUUAAAGAAAAACUGAAGAGGUUUACUGAGGUUGAACAAGAAUGUAAAAAAACAUCAACACACAUCAGGAGACAAGCCCAUCACACAGAGAUGCAGAUAAAGGCAGAGUUUGAGAAGCUCCACCAGUUCCUGCGAGAGGAAGAGGAGGCCAGACUAGCUGCUCUGAUGGAGGAAGAGAAGCAGAAGAGUCAGAUAAUGAAGGAGAAGAUAGAAAACAUCACAGGGCACAUCUCCACUCUUACAGACAAAAUCACAGCUAUAGAGAAGGCCAUGGACACUGAGGACACUGAGGACACCUCCUUUUUAAAGAGCUACAAGAACAUCAAGGAAAGAGCCCAGUGCACACUGCAGGAUCCAGAGCUGCUCUCAGGGGCACUGGUAGAUGUGGCCAAACACCUGGGCAACCUGAAGUUCAAAGUCUGGGAGAAGAUGCUGGAGAUGGUGCAGUACACUCCGGUGUUUCUGGACCCCAAUACUGCAGCCCCCUGGCUUUCUCUCUCUGAUGAUCUGACCACUGUGAGACACACAGGUACAGGCCAGAAAUAUCCUGACAACCCAGAGAGGUUAAGCAGGUAUCCAAAUGUGCUGGGAUCUGAGGGGUUUACCUCAGGGAAACACAGCUGGGAGGUGAAGGUUGGGAAUAAAUAUAAGUGGGAUAUAGGAGUGGUGAAAGAGUCCAUCUGUAGGAAGGGAAAUAUAACAUGCUGCCCAGAGAGUGGAUUUUGGGUCUUAAUGCUGAGGGAUGGUGAUAAGUACAGUGCAGCUGGAGCUGCUGCCCUCACACUGAAGAGGAAACCCCAGAGCAUCAGAGUGCAGCUGGACUAUGACAGGGGGGUGGUGUCCUUCUUCGACUCCAGUGACAUGUCACUCAUUUACACUUUUACAGACACAUUUACUGAGAGAGUGUUCCCAUACUUCUGUCCCUGUGUGAACAAUGAUGGUAGGAACGAAGGACCUCUGCAAAUAUGCCCAGUUAAAGUUUCCGUAACAGUGAUGUCAUCCCAGUGAGCAUUUUCUUUUCUUUCUUUUUUUUUUUUGAACUAAGAAGAGGUGUAGGAAUUUUGGUUGUUUCUAAUCUGCCUCAGCAUGCCUGGUUAUUGACUUGAUCUGGGGCAGACUAGACAUGUGAACUGAUCAAAGGGGGCUGGUUGAUGGCCUACCAGAACCAAAUGGGAGGCACACGCACAGAGGCCUAGACAAUGGAGACAGCAGAUAACUGCACUUUUUCUUACUGUGUGAGAAGGCCCAGAAAGCUAAUGUGGUACAUUUAGUCCAAAUGCCUCUUAUCUGCAUCAAUUAACUUGAAUUUAUUUUAUUAAAUGAAUCUUGGGAAAUAGAAAACAAAUCAAUCAUGUUACUAAUACAUUUGUGUUAGACUGUAUUAUUUCAAUAAAUAUAUUGAUCACUGCUUUUA